UUCUAUACAAAUUUCAAGAAAGGAGAGGAAGACGAAGUAGUACUGAAGAGAGAGAGAGAGAGGAGAAUGGCGAACAAGGCACUGGGACCGACGGGAGAGUUCUUCAGGAGGAGGGACGAGUGGAGGAAGCACCCGAGGCUGACGAAUCAGCUGCGCCACGCCACUCCUGGCCUCGGCAUCGCCCUCGUCGCCUUCGGCGUCUACCUCGUCGGCGAGCAGGUCUACAACAGGCUCUAUGCCCCCUCCUCUUCUUCCCACCACCACCACUCUGCUCCAUCUACUUCCUCUGCUGCUUCUCACUGAAGAUGAGCGAUUGGUGAAGGGAAGGAAGCCUGGGCCUCUUGUAUUUCAGCAUUCCUCUUUCCGACUUGGUGUUUAGUAAUAAAAGGUUUCAAAAUGGACAUGGAACUGAAAGCAUGUUAUUUUUAUUGUAUUUCAUUAGUUGGAAUGUGGAACUUAUAGCAAAGCUGCUAUGUAGAUCUUUAAAAUACUGUCCCUUUAUGUUUCUAUUCACUAUCCAUACACUUGAUGGCCCAA